AUGAUUAGCAUAGAUGAGAUAGUGAAAGAUGAAGAUCUAGCAUAUGAAAUUGCUCUCAUUAAAGACAACAAGAACCUACAGACUUGGGAAUCUUAUUACGAAUCCAAGUUGAACGAUGCAUUACCAGCAAAGCUUUCUCUCAUCUCGAGAGCGGUCAAGGUAUUACCUGAAUCGGAAGAACUAUGGGUCAAUUACUUAAACUUAGUCGAUACAAACUACGAACUGAUGUUGAUUAAGGAAAUAAAACAAAUUAUUGACCAAUGUCUAGCCACUCAAUCUAAAUCAUUGACCAUUUGGUUGAAAAUUCUUGACAUUUUAAUAGAACAUGCAAUUGAUCAAGUCACAUAUAUACGACACAAAUUCAACCAAUGUUUGCAAAAUACACCUGCUAAGUAUCAUGGUAAAAUUUGGGUCUUGUUUAUCAAGUUUGGUGAUAUUGUUGGAGGACCAACCGGAGUUGAAAUUUAUUCACGAUUGAUGAAAUUCAUCAGUCCUAAGGUCCUAAAAAGUAGUGAUGCAGGGAGCCCAGCAGAGCUUGGUAUGACAAUUUUGGACUUUAUAGAUAAAUUUAUCGAGUUUGGUGAUGAAGGACGCGUUUUGAAAUUGUAUUCCGAAAUUGUUCAAUCUAAUGAGUAUUCAAAUUUGCCAAAGUCUCCAGUACAAAUUUUAUUUGAGUACUUGGACUUGCUUAUAGACAACUCAGUGAAGGAUAAGGAGUUUGAGCUGCAGAUAAAUGAAGCAAUAAAAAAGUAUCCUGAUCAAACAACAAAUCUACAAUUGAAGUUGAUAACUUUCUACAAAUCAAAGAAUGAUGACUACGUGGAUAAAAUUAGAAGCACAUAUCUAACGGCACUAAAAGAUUGCAAGACCGUGUACGACUUUGAAAAAGUUUAUAAUGAAUUUACCAAAUUUGAGCAACAAGAUAUUCAAUCGUAUCUUGAUUCAGACACUGAUCCCAACACCAUCAUCCUAUCACAAAAAUUAAUCAACUUCGAAGAACUACUCAAUAACAGAAGAUUAUUGAUGAAUGACUUGCAACUUCGUCAAGAUGUAAAUAAUGUUGAUUACUGGUUUAAUCGAUUUGAUAUUUUCAAAUCUCAAUUAAACGUACUCAUUCAAACCAUUGCAAAUGCCAUUAAAUCAAUCAACCCAUUGAAGAUCCCUCGUAAUUGUCAACAUAAACUCUAUGAAAUAUGGAUCAAAUAUGCUCAUAUAUAUGCAUCUUCAUCUGAUUUUAAAACUGCUGAUUUCAUCUAUGGCAAAUCAGUUCAGUCACAAUACCCCCAUCCCAAUGAACUAGCAGAACUAUACAUCAGUUGGAGUGAAAUGAGGCUCGCCAAUGACUACUUCAAAGAACUGGAUGCAAUUGAACUCUUAGAAAAUGUAUUAUAUCGUGAAACUGGCAACGAUCUCCAUAUCAACUACUCCGAUUCAUCAAUACCAGUACAAAAACGAAUUCGAAAACUGAUUCAACUUUGGGACUUUUAUCUUGACUUGGUUGAAUCAUUUAUUGAAUCAGCUAGUGAUGUAAUCCACAUUGGUAAAAUAUGUGAUGCUUAUGAAACAAUGAUUAAAUUGAAAAUUGCCACUCCUAAGAAGCUUAUCAACUUUGCGACAUUUUUGGAGAGGUGGGGCUAUAUUGAAAAAUCCUUGAGUAUAUAUGAACGAUGCUUGCAUAUUUUCAAAGAUGAGACGAUAAGACUGGAAAUUUGGAGAGUUUAUAUCACCAAGUUGAAGUUUAUUGAUCAUAAAGAAAGACGAAAAGAUAUUGAGGAGAGGUAUAUGGACGUGGUAAAGUAUAGAGGUAAAUAA